CCGUCUUCCUGUUUUCGUUCCUCCGGUGGGAGGGGAGAGGAGUGUAUAAAAGCGCAGCAGGAUCAUGGCACGGCGGACAAAGAUCACAGCAAAAGCCAGACGCUCUGACAGAACUGCAGCCCGAGCGGGGACGAGAGCAAGACGAUGGAGACGAAGGUGGAAAGAGCGGAACAGGAUUUGUCGGAACAAAUCAAAAAGGUCACCAUGGAGAGCCACAUGAGGGCGGAGAACACAGAGUUAAUGCUGAGCUUCCAGAAGGGACAAGUCACCAAGCCGCAGUUUAAGCUUCUGCUCAGCUCCCUCCGUGAGAUCUACCAGACCUUGGAGGAGGAGCUGGACAGGAACAGCGCCCACCCCGCCGUCGAGCCCAUUUACUUCCCGUCUGAGCUGGCCAGGCUGGAGUCCAUCGAGAAUGACCUGGAGUACUUCUGCGGUCCGGACUGGAGGGAUACGAUCGUGGUACCCGCGGCCACGAGGAGAUACUGCGACAGACUCCGAGAGAUUGGGAAGGAGCGCCCAGAGCUCCUGGUUGCCCACGCUUACACCCGCUACCUCGGCGACCUGUCCGGCGGCCAGGUCCUGGGCCGCAUCGCCCAGAAGUCCAUGGGCCUGAAGAGCGGCGAGGGUCUGUCCUUCUUCGCCUUUCCCGGCGUGUCCAGCCCAAACCUCUUCAAGCAGCUCUACCGCAGCCGCAUGAACGUCCUGGAGCUGAGCGAGGCGCAGAGGGAGGGCGUCCUGGAGGAGGCCGUCAGAGCCUUCGAGCUUAACAUCCAGGUCUUUGAAGACGUGCAGAAGAUGCUGACGGUGACGGAAGACCAGCUUGACUCCAAAGACGUGAAACGCGUGAAUGCUCUGCAAAGCACCGCGAUGGGCGUUCCACUCCUGCGGAUGCUCCUCGGACUGUUUCUGGCUGUCGUCACGGUGGGAAUCUGCGUAUCGUAGACUCGUGUGCACGUACCGUGAGCCGACCCGGUUGCAGCCGCAGUACGUGACGAGGAUUUCAUGAAAACGACCUGCAAAAAAUGCAUUUGGGGACAUCCCUACCCAGACAUUUUAUAUUUUGCUGAAUAUACAUUGCAACAUUAACAAGGCAGUUUUUCAAGGUUGGCAUGUUCAGGCUUACAAAAACAACACCGCUUUAAUCCGCUUUCGGUUAAAAAUGGUUGAGCGUAAAUACUGUCCAGUUUUGUCCCAUGACUGGAAAGGUUCUGAAGUGUUGACAUUCCACUGCUCAAAAGACGUGAUGUGAACACAACGGCGCUCAAUUCCAGAAGUGGACUGAGUUUGUGUAUUUGUUCAGAUAGGCCUGGAAAAAUGGAGACAAAUUGCUGAGUUUGUUUAUAUGAGUAGGAGGGACCACGUUUAAGAACUGGACCAGAAAGUAGACUCAGACCGCAAUCUAUCAGCGUCUUUUUGCUAAGGACAGAACUUGUUUCCAAACUGAUUUUGAUUGCUUGUGUACUUCAGGUCUUAGGCUUUAAUUUGGAGUACUUUUUUCGUUUACAUUGCACAAGUUUAAGUUUUGGAACUGAACUGAGACCACUCCCAGAUUCAGUUCAGCUUCAGUUCCUUUGUAUUCUUGCUAAUGUACUGUAUGUUGUGCCAUUGUAUAUACUGUUUAAUAAUAAGGUGUAAUUGUAUGAUUUGACUGUAAGAAACACAUUUUCACAUGUAACUGGUGAUUGUUUUAUUAAAAUGUCACUUCUG